CCUGGCUGACGCUGGCGGGCCAAGCGAGUUCCUGCGGGUCGCUGUCACCGCCCGCUUUCUCCCGCCCCAUGGUGCACUCGUGAGGCCGGCGGGCGGGCGAGCGGGCGGGCGUGCGGGCGUCUCCCCGGGAUGGAGCACAUCCGGACGACCAAGGUUGAACAAGUAAAACUACUGGAUCGAUUUAGUACCAGCAACAAGUCACUAGCAGGAACACUGUAUCUCACAGCCACACAUCUAUUAUUCAUUGACUCUCAUCAAAAAGAAACCUGGAUCUUACACCACCAUAUUGCCUCAGUGGAAAAACUUGCCUUGACUACUUCUGGAUGUCCACUUGUGAUUCAGUGCAAGAACUUCAGAAUUGUGCAUUUCAUUGUUCCCAGAGAAAGAGAUUGUCAUGAUAUUUAUAACUCUCUGCUUCAACUGUCAAAACAAGCAAAGUAUGAAGAUCUUUAUGCAUUCUCUUAUAACCCCAAACGAAAUGAUGCAGAACGACUGCAAGGCUGGCAGCUCUUUGACCUUGGUGAGGAAUAUAAGAGAAUGGGUGUGCCAAAUUCAAACUGGCAGUUGUCGGAUGCCAACCGAGAGUACAAGAUUUGUGAAACUUACCCCAGAGAACUUUAUGUUCCCCGGAUAGCAAGUAAACCAAUAAUUGUUGGUAGCUCCAAAUUCCGGAGCAAGGGAAGAUUCCCAGUUCUUUCCUACUAUCAUCAGGAAAAGGAGGCUGCCAUAUGUCGGUGUAGUCAGCCACUCUCAGGCUUCAGUGCCAGGUGCCUGGAGGAUGAACAUUUGCUUCAAGCCAUUAGUAAAGCCAAUCCAGCCAAUCGCUACAUGUAUGUGGUGGAUACCAGACCCAAGCAUCGUAUGCAGAGCUGGUGGGAUACACAAAAGGACAUUGGCAGAAUUAUAGUGAGGAUUUCUUCAAAAAUCUGGAAUGAUGAGAACAUAAGAGAAAGCGAUGAGAACAAGCGACUGAAUGCAAUGGCUAACAGAGCAGCUGGAAAAGGUUAUGAAAAUGAAGACAACUAUUCUAACAUUAGAUUUCAGUUCGUUGGAAUAGAAAAUAUUCAUGUGAUGAGGUCCAGCCUUCAGAAAUUACUGGAAGUCAAUGGUACCAAAGGGCUUUCUGUCAACGAUUUCUACUCUGGCUUGGAGAGCUCAGGAUGGCUUCGCCAUAUCAAAGCUGUUUUGGAUGCUGCAAUCUUCUUAGCCAAAGCAAUAGUGGUAGAAAAUGCCAGUGUGUUGGUUCACUGUUCUGAUGGGUGGGACAGAACUUCCCAGGUCUGUUCCCUUGGUUCCCUUCUGUUGGAUUCCUACUACAGGACCAUCAAAGGAUUCAUGGUUUUAAUAGAAAAAGAUUGGAUCUCAUUUGGACAUAAAUUUUCAGAGAGGUGUGGCCAUUUGGAUGGUGACCCAAAGGAAGUCUCACCAGUGUUUACUCAGUUCUUGGAGUGUGUGUGGCAUUUGACUGAGCAGUUUCCACAAGCCUUUGAGUUCAAUGAAGCAUUUCUUCUUCAGAUCCAUGAGCACAUUCACUCAUGCCAGUUUGGGAACUUCAUUGGAAACUGUCAGAAGGAAAGAGAGGAACUCAAGUUAAAGGAAAAGACCUAUUCUCUGUGGCCAUUUCUUUUGGAUGACAAAAAGAAGUUCUUAAAUCCUGUCUACAGUUCUAAAUCUCAGAGAUUUACAGUUUUGGAACCAAAUACGGUAUCCUUCAAUUUUAAGUUUUGGAGAAACAUGUACCAUCAAUUUGAUCGCACAUUGCAUCCCAGGCAGUCUAUCUCUAAUAUGAUUAUGAACAUGAAUGAGCAAAAUAAACAGUUAGAGGAAGAUAUUAAAGACCUAGAAUCUAAAAUUAAGCAACGCAAAAAUAAGCAAACAGAUGACAUCCUUACCAAGGAAUUGUUGCAUACAGUUCGUCCCGAGUCACCUACCCUCAAGCCCUCCCUGUGUCUGAAAGAGCAGACCCUGCUUCCUGUGAGUGAGGCACUUCGAACUGUAGAGGGCAGCAACCCAGCAGAUAAUCGGUACAGUGACUAUGCUGAGGAAUUUUCCAAGUCAGAGCCUGCUGUGGUCAGCUUGGAUUAUGGCGUGGCAAGAAUGACUUGUUAGACACCUUCAGCAUUUUCUAGAAUGACCAUAGUGCAAGAACUGGGUAUUGCGAGGAUGGUCUGUCUGCAUGGCCAAAGGGAUUAUUCUAAUAAUGACCUUGGGGUUGAACAGUAGGUGAAUAGCUGAAGAAAUGAUAACUUCUCUUGUGAGAGAAAUCAGUCAGUUUAGUUGCAAUUCUAGCAAAGAAUGACAGUUCUGUAAGAAAAGAAUGGUAUUGGAUGAAUUUAACUCAAAACACAAUUUCCAAGGUACACCAGGAAGCUGAUAUUUCUGUAUGAUUUAUGUUAAUUACAGCCAAGCACGGAUAGCUUUUCUUAAGUGUAAUUUAACUUUGAAAACAAAAAUUUGACAAAGUGAUCCCUUACUAAUUGACCUGGCAUGCACUUUAAAUUAUGUAACUGUAAUACUGAACACUUAAAUAUUUUGCCUCUUAGUGAUGUUUGAUAUUGAAGUGCCAUGAAAUGUACUUCUAAGAGAGCCUUAAAAUUCAAUUUUCAGUUUAUUCUUUGCCCUUAAAUUUUACAGACUAGAACAAGGGGUUUUAUUUCCUCCCAGUCAGCCUUCUUUGUGUGUACAUUGACCUCGUUUCCGUGGGGCUGCAUCCCGCCACCCUCCUGCACAAAGUUUGCAAAAGUGUGCGGACAGUCCCCGACGAGCCAGCCCCACCUCCAGACUCAGAACCAACAAAACUAAAGGUUCUCUUCUGGUUGUGAUUGCUUAGUGCUGCACUUGAUGAUUUAUCAAAGCCUAGACUAUUAUUUUUACGUAUAGAUAAGCACAUUUGACUUUUACACAUGGAUUACUGCGUUCUAUUGAUUCUUACUUUGUGGUUGGCUUGAAUGCUUUGAUAACUAUGAGAGUUUAAAGGGGAAAGCUCUGUUAGGAGUAGUAAACAUACAUUUUUAAGCUGCCUUAUCUCCUCACGAAUUGGUACUCCUAGAUGAGUUGGUACUCCUAGCUUUGGUGUACCCACAAACUUUAGGAUAAUGUAAAAAGGGAAGUACUAAUAGUUGAGAUUUUGCUUGGUUGCAUGAAUUUUACAGUAGUCGUUUUUAUGUGGAACAUUUUUUUUUUCUCUGUGAGAUAUAGAAGAAAUAAAAAGGGAAAACUAAGGUGAGCCUAGUUAAUGUUUAACAACAGCAACUUUAACUCUGGCAAGUGUUUAUUUUAUAAGCCUUUGUAUGCUAAUUGUUUUUAUGCUUUGUACUAGAAUAGUACAUAUCUUUAACACUCAAAAAGUCAAUUGCAAUUAGCAAUCUUACCAGCUAGCUUUAAAACUGAAAGUUUAAAAACCAUGGAUGGCAUGUGGUACAAUUCAAGGACACUAAGACAUCUGCAUAAGAUCCCUUACCUAUCUCUUUAUCACUCCUGUCUCUGUUAUAUUACUUUUGAGCGUACACAGCUUUCUCAAAUGAAAGAAAGCUUUAUUGUAUGUGAUUUUAUCUAAUCCUGUUUAUUUUUAUAAUUCAUUUCUGUAAUAUCUUGUGUAAUAAGAAAAAUAUUGCUUUUUAAACUGUAACAGAAAUGUACUAUAUGUGUUUAAUCAAUCAUAUUUCCACGUUUAGACACUGGGAGAAGAAAUUUAAUCUCUGUGGCCACAAUGGUAAACUUUUGUGCCUUGAUUCCAGUCACACUGUGGUUUUGGAAUCACUGGCAGGCAUCUUAUAUUCAUCUUUUUGGUUUAUUGUCUUCAUCUUCAUCUUCAGAUGUAUAUAUGCGUUUUUUUUUCUUUUUGCUUACACAUGGACUAAGAAACCAUAUAACACCCUAAGUGACAUAUGUUGGCAAGAUGCAGCCUGUGUAUAUGUCUUAUAAAAUUGGAUUUAUGUUCAUUAUGUUUUAGAACACAUAGCAUGUAAAUUACUUCAUGUAUUAUUUAAAGACAAUUAAAUAUUCAUGUUUUA